UUUAAUUUUUAUCUGGUAUUUUAAUUAUACUCAAAUGAAUAUGACAAAAAGUCUAUAAAUAUGUCUUAGUAACAAAUCAUAUUCAUCAUUUCAUUCUUCGAUUGUCAAAAAAUCAAUGAAAUGUUCAACUAUAUUCCAUUUACUAAAUUCAGUUUCCAUAUUACAUUUAAUAAUAAACAAAAUUCAAUCCAGGUGAUAUAACAUUGAUUAUAUUCAGAUUAUUGAUUCCUAUAUGUAUAGUAAUCUGAUUGACCAACUUACUAUUCAUUUUGUAUUAUUCGGAUAAAUAUAUUUCAUUUUACCUAAUCAAAACUUCAUAGAUAAACAAAACGAAAAAUAAAAAAUUGUUUUUACACUAAACUAUUCCAUAGUAAAUUUCAUUCAUACAUUUUAGAUCUUUAUACAAAUAAACAAAACGAUAUAGUUUUGAAUAAGCUUAAUAUGACUAUAAAUUAAACAGUUUUGCAGUGUAAUACAUUGUAUUUCAAGUUAUACACCAUAAGAUUUACAAAAAUGCUUUGGACUAUUCUCUUCAAUCGAUUUUGUUACAACAACAACAACAACUACUACUACUACUACUACUUUUACUAUUUCAUUGUUAUCAAUUUGUUUCUUUCUAUUUAUAUUCAUUCAAACACAGAGAUAAACCUACCUGGUGGACGUUUUGAAAUAGAAAUUUAUUACACAAAUCUAGAAUCAACUACAAGUAGUGGAUUUUACUGUGAUUGGCAAUUGCAUCGAUGUGAUGUUUAUAUAAUUGUGGGAUUGUAUGAGUUAGCUGACAAUAACUCAAGGCAAUUAAUCCAUGUGAAAACAGAGACUAUUGCGGACACUGCAAAAUUUCACAUUAAAGUAUCUGAAAAAAUAAAUGAAAGAUUACCUGAAAAAUAUAGAUUAGAUCUUUAUGUCUACGACGAAGAUGCUUUGGGUGAACAUGAUAUAAUUACCAUCGCUACAGGAUUGUAUCAGCCAGAAAAAACCAACGUAUUUCAAACUAUUCCAUUAAAUUACAGUCAUAUAAGUGACUCUUUCAGCCUUAGCUCAUCAAUCAGACUAACGUGUAAUUCAAAUUAUUAUGGGAAUAAAUGUGACAUAUUCUGUUCACCUCAUCCAUGGGCAUACGAUUGUGACAAGAAUGGACGAAAAAUUUGUUUGCAUGGUAGACAUGGUGUCAACUGUGACAUUAUUGACUACUGCCAAAUACAUCCUUGCCCCAAAAAUACACGCUGUAAAAAUUUGCCGAGGGAACAUCGUCGAAAAUGCAUUUGUAAAAACUAUGAAGGUCCCGAAUGUCAUUCAGUUUACUAUUCUUGCGAAAAGUCGCCCUGUAAGAAUGGUGGUCGUUGUACACUACUACGUGAACUGAUAGAGGAUAAUGAUGCUGAAGGGUUCAUACAUACUAAUCAAGGAACCAAUGAUGAUGACGAUGAGACUAUAUGUAUUUGCCCGGACAACUGGAGUGGACCAUUUUGUACGCAACCAGUUAUUGAUUGUAUAUCGGAAAACGAAAAGUACAGGCUUUCAACUAUGCGCUUGACAAAUCGCUUUUGUUUAAACGGUGGAGUUUGUAUAAUUCAUCCUGGUAAUUCGAGUCCACGAUGUUCCUGUCCACCAGAAUGGGAUGGAUAUUUUUGUGAAUUAAAUAAAAAUUGGUCAGCUGGUAGAAUGUUCGGAAUAGCGUUCUCUAUUAUUUUUGUGAUAUUUCUUAUUCUAGUCAUUGGAUUCUUUGUUUGGCUGUGUUAUAUGUCUAGACAUCGAAAUAUUCCACAACAUCCAGCAAUUACAUAUCUAUCAAAUUUCCCGUAUAAUAGUACUAUCAGUGAUAAUGACAGUCAUGAAAAUACACGAGUUUACAUGAAACAUGAAAAGAUAUUUGAUAUUCCAGAAAGUAAUCAUUCCCUUGUUAAAUUGAGUACAUUUGGUGAUAACGCAAAUUCACAGAUGGAUACACGUAAAAUCGAAAAUCUUUACGAAGUCCCUUAUACAACAAACACAGCAAAACAGAAUGAUGGUAAUUUUAACUCUCUAGAUCGAAAUGAAAGUCCAUUUACAACUAUUCAAAGUACUGAUGAAAACAUUUACGUUAAUUAUAACACUUUGAUGUCCAAAGAACUAAGGAUUGGUUUAGAAGACAUUCGAAGGGUUACCGGGAGCUGAUAUAUAAAUCUAUGAAUUUCUAAACUUCAGUGGCAUACAUAAUGCCAAGACUCAAAAAGCUUGUACGUGAUGAGGUUCAAAUAAUUUAGUCAAUUACAUUAUAUUCCAAAUUUUUAAAAGUGAUUCGUAUUUCCCCUCAUUUCAUUUUACCACUUUACAUUGUUCGAUAACUAAUGUAUUCAGUAAUUUAUGUACAAUUUAUACGACCUGAUUAAGAUGUGUAUCAAGAUGUAGAUUUAGUUCAGUCAUUUUUCAUGUAAAAUAUUAUACACAUGUGGUUCGCUGAAUACGUUUUUUAUAAAAUAAGCAUCUAUUUCUAAAACGAUGAGUAGAAGGUUUUCUAUAUCACGUUAUUAAAGGAAUUAGGUUAUACGUCAGAAUAAGUCUAAGAAAAUAUACAAACCCAAACAGGGAUCUAGUACAGUUUUAAUUGGAGUAAUUUAUAAUUGUAAUUCCGUACUAAAAGAGAGUGAAUAAAAUGUUAAAAAAAGAUUUUCCUACAUAAAAACUGAAAAAGACUAUCUUAGAAUAUUGUUAAAUGCAGGUGUACAGUCAAAUAUUUGACAGAAAUCUUGAAAUUGUAUACUUAAUUAGCCAUCUUGUAAUUGUAAAGUCAAUUACUUGCUGUGACGUUUUUAUACAGUAACGAUUCGUUUGUGCAUUAUUCCGUAGCUUAUUUAAAUUCCAAAGACAUUAUCUUUGAC